UCAAUAGCAACAGUCAUCAUAAACUGAGACGGAGUACAGGAGUGUAUGAGAUGGCGACAUUAAAUAGACACAGAACUGGUAAUGCUGUAGCGAAAUUUAUACGGAGAAACCUGCUUGUUAUACUUAUACUUAUGUCAAUGCUAUUUGGAAUCGUACUCGGUUGUGUUUUGAGAACAACGGGGUCACUUGUGGACAGAAGAAAUCAUUUUUACCUCAAGUUCCCCGGGGACAUUAUGCUCAACACUCUACGGAUGGUGUCUGUGCCUCUUGUUGUCUCCAGUAUUGUCUCGUCCCUGGCCUCGUUAUCGAUGAAGACUUCAGGCAGUAUCGGACUGAAGGCUUUAAUCUACUACCUUGUAACCACAGUGUGUGCUGUCAUCACUGGCACCGUCGGCAUUGUUGUUAUUUCUAUUGGCAAGGAAGCAGCAGAACAACCGGGAAGAAUUUCUAAUAGCAUGAGCCAACUAGAUUCCGUUUUGGAUAUGAUGAGAAAUGCUCUUCCGGAUAAUCUGGUGAAAGCAACAUUUUCAAAGAAACAAACCGUGCUUUCUAAACACAAUGUGGAGAUCGUAAAUGAUACUGGGUCCGUCAUUUUCAACAACACAGAGGACAUUGCAGGACGAAAUUGGUCAAGUAGUUUUAUGGCUGUUGAGGUUCCGACGGUUAUAUCUGUCCCCGGUACCAACAUGCUUGGAUUAAUUGUAGUGUCCGUCUUCCUCGGAUGUGUUCUGUCUAGUAUGGAGGACAAAGCCAAACCUCUCGUGGACUUCUUUCAAUGUAUAUACCAGGCCAUGAUGCGGUUAAUCUUAAUAUUUAUUUGGUAA